AUGGGCUGGCUGUCCCAGAUCUCCAAGCUUUCCUCCUCCAUCGUCUCUCGUCGCUCCUCCGUCCGAUCUACCACUCUCCUCCCGCGCAAUAUGUCAACCAUGAAGGCGAUCAACAUCAACGGUCUCGGCGGCCUCGAGGUCCUCGUGUCAGCUGAGGUGCCCAUUCCCACUGUGGGCCCCGAGGAUGUCCUUGUCAACGUCAAGGCCGUCAGCAUCAACCCAGUUGAGGCCAAGAUUCGCGCCGGCAAGUGGGCUGGAGGCAACCUGCCCGCGGGCUCGAUCCUCGGCUUCGACGCCGCCGGCACGAUCGUCCAGGUCGGAUCCUCGGUGCCCGCCUCGUUCGCGCACAAGGUCGGCGACGCCGUCUGGCUACUCGGCUCGUCCGUGCCCAACAAGUCCAACGCCGAAUACCUCGUCGCCGACUACCGCUCCAUCGCCGCGAAGCCCAAGUCGCUCGAGUGGGGCGACGCCGCCGCGAUCCCGCUCGUCGGGCUCACCGCCUGGGAGCUCCUCUUCGAGCAGAUGCGCAUCAACGAGGCGAAGCCCGCGUGGGACGCGUCCGGCGCCGAAGACGCGAUCCUCAUCGUCAACGGCGCGGGCGGCGUCGGCAGCAUCGCGUCGCAGCUCGCGCGCAGCGUCGCCGGGCUCAAGACGGUCAUCACGACCGCGUCGCGCGAGGCGAGCAUCAAGCACACGCUCGGGCUCGGCGCGACACACACCAUCUCGCACAACGAGCCGUGGGCGCCGCAGAUCGCUGCGCUCGGGCUCCCCGAGAACGUCAAGAUCAAGUACAUCGCCGUUCUCACCACCACGACGCAGCAGACCAUCGACCAGGCGCUCGAGGUCAUCGCGCCCCGCGGCCGCAUCGGCCUCGCCGUGCAGGGCCCCGAGGGCAGCUACUCCACGUUCGGCAAGGCCCAGCGCAAAGGCAUUGACUUCUCGUGGGGCUUCGUCUUCACCAAGAUGGCGUUCAAGUGGAACCUCGCAUCGCAGGGCGCUGCUCUCACCGAAAUGGCCAAGCUCGUCGACGAGGGCAAGAUCAAGUCCAUCACGAGCCAGAGUCUUGAUCUCACCGUCGCCGGCCUCAAGCAGGCCCAUGAGCUCAUGGAGAGCGGCAAGACCGUCGGCAAGGUCGUCCUGACCGUGCCUGCCCAGGGCGCAUUUCAGUGA